UCAAAUUGGAUUCCUGUCUCAAAUUUUCUGGCUGGAGAUCAUCCGCGUCGAGUCAACUUUUUGCUGGAUUCUGCAGUUGAAACAGGUAUGAACGCUCUUCGCGUCUGGGGUGGAGGUGUAUAUGAAACAGAAGAAUUUUACGAGAUUGCGGAUGAGAAAGGGCUGUUGAUUUGGCAGGAUUUGAUGUUUGCGUGCGCUCUUUAUCCAACUGAUCCUAAGUUUCUGGAUAGCGUGAGAACCGAACUUGAGCAACAGGUAUGCAUUCAACUUCGAUAA